AUGGAGGCCACAGAAAGGGAAAACACAGAGGACAUUGAGUCUCUCAUGGAGGACAUGGACUACAUCCCUGGUCACUUCCACCUGGAUCUAAAUCUUAACUGUGAUCCUACUGGGCCAGUGAAGCUGAGACAUCGGGACACUUAUUUAAGACAGGAAAGCCUGCGAGGUGAGCUAGAAGCAGAAGUUGGAUAUUUGCAAUAUGCUGUGCGAAAUCUGUUGGGCCUGCUGGCUUUUAACCUGGAACAGCUGGACACUGCUGAGGAAAUAUUCAGGAGCAUUUGCAAAGAGGACCCUGGGAAUCUGAAUGCCUGGGCAAACCUGGGCUACGUGUAUGACAAGCUGGGAAGAGAGCUGGAUGCAGGGGAGUGUGUGGACAAAGUGUCCAACCUCAUGGGCUUAGACGGCGGUGAGGCAUCUCAGGAUGAGAUCAGGAUUAUGGCUGCACGCUGCCUGGUCGAGCAGGCCUACGUCUUUCCCUACGAUAUAGAGCUGGACAGCGACAACGACUUGAGAGAGCGACUCAGCACUGCACUGUCUUUUUACAACAGAGCCCUGCAUUAUGGGGGUGACCUGAUACCAAUAGAGGAAAAACGAAGCUGGUAUUUUAAAAUGGCAACAAUCUACAUAAGGCUGGACAACAUAGUAAAGACAAAAGAGGAUUCUGAGUACUCCAGACUUUCGCACUACAAUAAAGGACUCAAGUUUCUGAAAGAAACACUGGAAUCUGAGAAAACACAGCACAAAGCUCUAGCUUGGUGUUAUGUCGGCAUCAUGUUAGAAAGGAAGAAGGAGUUUUCCCCUGUGCCCAUGUCCAUACAUGACUGCGGUUUCUCGGCUUCGGAUCCUCUGUCCUGUUAUGGAACUGCUAUAAAUAUGGCCAGUGACGAUGCAUUCAUCCUGAACCUCCUGGCCAGAGUCUUCUCUCUGCUGGGUAAACAUGACAUGGCUACAGGGAUCUGCAAUAUGGCCCUAAAUGUGCUGCCAGAUCCAGAACUCAACUGGCAGGCUUACUGCACCCGUGCCAAGAUCAAUAUAAUCCUGUACAUGGGCGACCUCGAGAAGGCAAAGCUUGGUGAUGGUGGAAUCCCAGACCGACAGAAGCUAAUUGAAGCUAGAAAAGACUUAGACAAAGUACUCGGUGUACGCCCCUGUCUUCGAACACAUUUGGAGAUGGCACAGGUAUACUACUACAUGGGUGUAGAUGCACUCCAGGAGAGCCUUUUGGUGGAUGAGAGUGCAAUAAAUAGUGCCCUGGUGAGUUUGUCUCAUGCUCUGAAGUUUGAGCUGGGAGACUGCUUACCGGAACUUCAUGUGCUCAGAGGACGCUGCCUCCUCGUGAAAGGCGAGGAGCAGAACGCCGUAGACUGCUUCAAAAAAGCUCUGGAGUUAGAGAAACAAGGGAGCAGAGACACCACAGCCCUGCGCUGCCUCUUACAGGCUCUCCUGACUCUGUUCAUGCAGGGAGACCCUGACCCUGGGAUUGUCAUCACUCAGCUGGAAAUGUGGGUGCUCAAGGCAGAGGAGCUGUACUCUCAGGACAUAGUGAAGGCUGAGCUGAGGUGCCUUUACACGACACACACAGCAGAGGUUACAGAGUUAUCCAGGGUUCUGAUCAAGACAGGACGCCUGGACCUAGUGAGGAGGCUGCUGGAUACAGUGGUGCCUAAACAGCUGGCUAAAAAGAGAUCACUGGUCUUUAGGUCGGUCUCAUUAACAUGA